AAUUAUUUGCUACCAGAACUGAACAUGUUCAGAAUGGUGCAGUAUGGUUUAAGAAACAUAUCAACAGAUAUACAGUACAUCAAGGAGAUGAUCUCUCAGCAAGGGCGAGAGCACCAGAGGCUCAGGGACCAAAAGCAGAAGCUGCAGGAAGAGCUUAAAGAGGAACGCAGAAAGGUGGAGAGUAGGGACAUUGGGAUGAAAAAAUUGACAAACUAUAUUGUGAGAAUGGAAGCAGAAGUCCAGUGCAAGUGGGCCGAGGCAAAUGAGUGCAUCCAGAAACUCAGGGAGUACAGACGGAAGCUGAUGGAUGAGCUGGCGUAUAAGGAUAAAGAGCUAGAGAUGACCAGAGAGAAGCUGAUGAAAGAACGGGUGGAGGUAGAGACCAUGAGGAAGAUAUUGGAUGAGCUCCGCUCCAAAACUCAGGAAGAAACUGACCAGUGUAGGGAUAGGACGAAGCAGAUGGGGCUGGAGCAGGAAUAUAAAAUGCAGAAGGUGGAGGAGCAGGAAAAUGAAAUGCAGACAUGGGAGGAGCUUGAGCAGGAAUAUAAAAUGCCGACGUUGGAGGAAGAGGAGCAGGAAUAUGCAAUGCAGAAGUUGGAGGAGCUGGAGCAGGAGCUGAAGCAGGAAUAUGCAAGGCAGAAGGCGGAGGAGCUGGAGCAGGAAUUUAAAAUGCCGACGUUGGAGGAAGAGGAGCAGGAAUAUGCAAUGCAGAAGUUGGAGGAGCUGGAGCAGGAGCUGAAGCAGGAAUAUGCAAGGCAGAAGGCGGAGGAGCUGGAGCAGGAAUUUAAAAUGCCGACGUUGGAGGAAGAGGAGCAGGAAUAUGCAAUGCAGAAGUUGGAGGAGCUGGAGCAGGAGCUGAAGCAGGAAUAUGCAAGGCAGAAGGCGGAGGAGCUGGAGCAGGAAUUUAAAAUGCCGACGUUGGAGGAAGAGGAGCAGGAAUAUGCAAUGCAGAAGUUGGAGGAGCUGGAGCAGGAGCUGAAGCAGGAAUAUGCAAGGCAGAAGUCGGAGGAGCUGGAGCAGGAAUUUAAAAUGCCGACGUUGGAGGAAGAGGAGCAGGAAUAUGCAAUGCAGAAGUUGGAGGAGCUGGAGCAGGAGCUGAAGCAGGAAUAUGCAAGGCAGAAGGCGGAGGAGCUGGAGCAGGAAUUUAAAAUGCCGACGUUGGAGGAAGAGGAGCAGGAAUAUGCAAUGCAGAAGUUGGAGGAGCUGGAGCAGGAGCUGAAGCAGGAAUAUGCAAGGCAGAAGGCGGAGGAGCUGGAGCAGGAAUUUAAAAUGCCGACGUUGGAGGAAGAGGAGCAGGAAUAUGCAAUGCAGAAGUUGGAGGAGCUGGAGCAGGAGCUGAAGCAGGAAUAUGCAAGGCAGAAGGCGGAGGAGCUGGAGCAGGAAUUUAAAAUGCCGACGUUGGAGGAAGAGGAGCAGGAAUAUGCAAUGCAGAAGUUGGAGGAGCUGGAGCAGGAGCUGAAGCAGGAAUAUGCAAGGCAGAAGGCGGAGGAGCUGGAGCAGGAAUUUAAAAUGCCGACGUUGGAGGAACUGGAGCAGGAGCUGAAGCAGGAAAAUGAAAUACUGAGAGGUCCGCCAGAGAGACAGAAGAAGAUGGAGACCAUUAAGGAUGAGAAUGAUAAGAGCACAAAGAAGAGAAGUUUCUGGAAAAGGCUGAGUAAGAUGUUCAAAAGAUUGGGAGGAGGUGGGUGCGAGACACGGAGGUAGAGAGGAAGUGACGGGAGGAGCGCGGGAGGAGUAAGGACGUGGAUCAAGCUCCCAAAAUUAGGUUAUAUACAUAGCUCCCACUUACAGAGUUGAGCUGUUAUAAUCGAAACUUAG